CAUAAAGAUAUUUUACACUAUCAUUUAAUAUAUUUCGACGGUUUUGUUUAGUUAUACAACUGAGAUAUUAUAAACCAACAGAUAAUUUUAUAUCCUAAAAUGUCAGUGACAAUUCAUACAGAUGUUGGUGAUAUGAAAGUAGAAGUGUUUUGUGAAGAUUGUCCGUUAGCUGCUGAAAACUUUUUAGCAUUAUGUGCUAGUGAUUAUUACAAUGGUUGUUUAUUUCAUCGAAAUAUAAAAGGUUUCAUAGUACAAACCGGUGAUCCUACUGGUACUGGUAAAGGCGGUACCAGCAUUUGGAAUAAAAAAUUCAAAGAUGAAUUUAAAGAAAAUCUGAAGCAUAAUGAGAGAGGCAUGAUAUCAAUGGCGAAUAAUGGACCAAAUACUAACAGUAGCCAGUUUUUCAUAACUUAUUCUGAGCAACCCAGCUUAGAUUUAAAAUAUACAGUUUUUGCUAAAGUGAUAGACGGUUUUGAUACUUUAGAUGAAUUAGAAAAAAUUCCUGUCAAUCCCAAAAACUAUAAACCAACAACAGAAGUUAGAAUUUCAAGUAUAACAAUACACGCAAAUCCUUUAGCAAAAUAGAUUUUGGUAAUUAUCAUAUAAAAUAAUAAUUUGCAUAUUAUACUAUUUCAUAAGAAUUUUUUAAUGGUAA